CGUAAUUUAAUAUGCUUUUCCUUGCAUUCUUGAUUAGUGUUUCAAUGGCUUCUCAGGACUUACUUAAGAAAUGCUAUUUAGAACAAUUCACCAUUGGAGAUCCUGAAGUUAAAAUUUAGAUCUACUUUGAGGAUCAUAUAGUGAAGAAUCACCAAAUCGAAUACGAAUGUUUGGAGUUUAUCAUUUCAAGAGGAUACUAUAAGGUUGCUUUGAGUCUUUAUGAGAAUUAUUUCCUGUUGAAUCACAUCGACAUUACUGAUAGAAUUGUUGCAUUCUUGAAGAAUGAUAAGUAUCGCAACCAGAGAGAAAUGUAAACCUUAUUCAAAUUGGCAAUGGCAAAAAGCAAUCAAGUCUAAGUAGUCUAACCAGUUGUUUAAUGGGCUCAAUCUAAAAACGCUACCUUCAUCAACAUCAAGUUUUCUCACCGAUAAGACGCCCCUGCUUGUUUGAAUGCAAAGUUGGAAGUAGUCGAAAUAAAGAAUGAAUCUCUUUUGAUUGAAGCAUUUGGAAUCGUUUCCCACAUCCCAUUCAAAUACAGAUAUGCCAUUAAAUUGUAUAAGCCCAUCGACCCAACUACUAGUUAUGAGAAGGUGGAAUCUGUAGGAACCAUGUAUGUGAAUCUCACAAAGGUAGAGCCAGUCUUGUGGUUGAGAUUGACUGAAGAGGAUUACAAGACUCCGAUUUGGUGGGAUUUGAAGGACAAUUACAGAAAAGACAUGGAAGAAUUUGCCUAAAUGCUUGAAAAGGAAAGUGAGAGAAAAGAGAGAAAUGCAGAUAAGUAAGCUAAGAAAAACCAGAAAAAGAGGGAUUAAGAAAAAUAAAAAUAAACUUCUCAAAAAGCUCUAGAAGCCAAACGAUAAUUAGAAUAUGAACACAAUUAAUGCUAUAAACCAGGAAAAUGUGAAAUCGGAUGGUAUUAAAGAUAAUGAUUGUUUAUAAUUGAUUAAUAUUCAAUUCCC